UGCGGUCGUUGUGUGGCUGCGCAUGCGCGACCGACCGGAGACUGAGGCCGGUGUGUGAGUGAGUGCGCAUGCUCGCGCGUCGUUUCUUCUCGUCCCUCAGUUGGCGUUGCGGGAAACUUGUGCAACCUUGUGCGCCUGCGCACUUGGCAACUCAGGGCAGCGCUGGAGGUGUUUCAGGCUGGCCUUUUUUAAAUCUCCGGAACAGCCCUGUGAGGUGAGGCAGUAGAAGUGCUGAAUUGGCGCCUAGGAUCAGUGAUGGACUGUAUGUGGGCCAGUGAAGUGAAGCUCAAUCCUGACAAGGCUGCGGUCCUGUUGAUGUGUUGGAUUCCAGACUGAUGGCGUCAGGCACAGCGAGCCGCUCUGAAGACGAAGAGUCUCUGGCUGGACAGAAAAGGAGCUCAUCACAGGUUUCAGGUGCCAUUCCAAAACGGCGCAGUUCUUCCAGGUUCAUCAAGCGGAAGAAAUUUGAUGAUGAAUUGGUAGAGAGCAGCCUUGCCAAAUCAUCCAGCCGGGCCAAGGGUCCUAGUGGGGUGGAGCCUGGGCGCUGCUCUGGCAGUGAGCCCUCUUCCAGUGAGAAGAAAAAGGUGUCCAAGUCAAUUUCUGCACCUGCAACUCCGAGCCCAGCUCCAAACCCCAGCCUGGCUAAACGGAUGAAGAAGAGCAAGCAGCCAUUGCAGGUCACCAAAGAUUUGGGCCGCUGGAAACCCACUGAUGAUCUCCUGCUGAUCAAUGCUGUUCUUCAGACCAAUGAUUUGACCUCUGUGCACCUGGGAGUGAAGUUCAGCUGUCGCUUUAACUUGAGAGAAAUCCAGGAGAGAUGGUAUGCUUUGCUCUACGACCCUGUGAUCUCCAAGCUUUCCUGCCAGGCCAUGCGGCAGCUGCAUCCUGAAGCCAUUGCCUCUAUGCAGAGCAAAGUGCUGUUCAGCAAAGCAGAAGAGCAGCUGCUAAGCAAAGUGGGAUCGACCAGCCAGCCCACUCAGGAUACGUUCCAAGACCUGCUGCAUAAAAACCCAGAGGUUUUCUACCCCUCUCGCACAGCCAAGGUGCUCCAGACACAUUGGCAACUCAUGAAGCAGUAUUACCUCCUGGAUGAUCAAACAGUGCAGCCACUGCCCAAAGGGGACCAGGUGCUCAACUUCUCUGAUGCUGAAGACAUGAUAGAUGACAGCAAACUGAAGGAUGUACGAGAUGAGGUGUUGGAGCAUGAGUUGACUGUGGCAGACCGGAGACAGAAGCGUGAAAUCCGGCAGUUGGAGCAAGAGCUACACAAAUGGCAGGUGCUGGUGGACAGUAUAACAGGUAUGAGCUCCCCUGACUUUGAUAACCAGACAUUGGCUGUGCUGCGUGGAAGGAUGGUGCGUUACCUCAUGCGCUCUCGGGAGAUCACACUGGGUAGAGCCACGAAAGACAAUCAGAUUGAUGUGGAUUUGGCAUUAGAGGGGCCAGCCUGGAAAAUAUCCCGGAAGCAAGGGGUCAUCAAGUUGAAGAACAAUGGUGACUUCUUCCUAGCCAAUGAAGGCCGACGGCCCAUUUAUGUUGAUGGGCGUCCUGUACUCUGUGGAAGCAAAUGGAAGCUCAGCAACAACUCUGUGGUUGAGAUUGCUAGCUUACGCUUUGUCUUCCUCAUCAACCAAGACCUGAUUGCGCUCAUCAAAGCUGAGGCUGCCAAAAUUUGCCAGCCUUGAGGCUUGGAUCAUACCAAAGGUGUUGGUGGACCUGUGGUAUGGGUUUCCUGUCCUAUUCCCUCUGCCAGCAGGGAUUAUCACAAUGCUCUCCACUGACUAUGCCACUUCAUAGAGUCUGCCCUUCCCUCAGCUAAGACUGAACCCUGUCAGUGGCCUUUUCUGUUGAGGAGGAGAAGGAAGAGCCCUGCUUCAUCAGUCAGAAGAUGCAUAUGGAAGAGUCAGGCCUAAACGGAAGUCUGCAACAGAUAGAAGCACCUUGCUGGGUGUCCUGCGUGUGUGGGCAGGCAAGGACAUUGCUAUUUCUGCUGGCAAUGCUGGUGGGCCUGUUGUGUGUGGUUUACUUUGGGACAACAGAGUAACUCACUCUUUCAGGGAUGGGAACCAGGAAGAAUAAGUGUCAAGUGAGCUAAUAAAAUAGUUAUCAGUGUA